AUAUUGGGCUAAACAGACAGCAUCGAUGUACCAGGUCGAAGGUUUGCUCACUACCAGCCCGCUCGACGAAUAAUUCGAAUUAGCCAACAAUGGCUACAGCUUCAUAUACUUGCCAGAGAUGCCUGGGAGCACUCACAAACUCUCCCCGACUUCAAACGGCGAGCUUGAAGCUAUGGCGGACUGGUACCCUCGGAGCAGGGCGGAGAUCCAUUUCAACCGGACUGUACAAUAACUCGACACCACAGCGGCCUUUAGCCCAACGCCCCUCGAAGAAAGCAUCGGUAAAGAGAUUACAGACGAUAACCGACUUUGCUGGACAGAAACCAAAGAGCGAGCCAGUACAGGUCCGGACUCCACCGGGCCUAGAAUACACUCCCGCGCCAGAAACCGAAGGUCGCCCAUUGUUACUUCCAAACAACCUCUUUCAUCCAUUCUCUGAAUCGCCUUCUCCAGAAAUUCGCCGCCGCGCUGCUUUUAUGAAACAAAACGCAUGGUGCCCAAAUCAUGCCCAUCAACAUACGCGAUCAGUUCCAGAUUCCGAUAGCAAGCAGAGCGCCCCAAAGUCUACCGGUACUACACCACCUGCGCACGUCAACUUCGAGUGCCCAGAUUGCGGCAUACCGGUUGCUUGCUGUGAGGAACACUGGGCAGAAGACUAUGAGAAGCAUCUGGAGGUUUGCGACACGCUCCGCGAGAUAAACGAAGACGACCAUGACCUCCGCUCUGGUCGCUUUUUCCCGGAAUUUGAGUACCCGGGCGAUCAGAUUGAAGAAGCACUGGUGAAUAUGACAAACUGGGAUACAUUUUUAUACUCUAGGGAGUUCACAGCAAUCAAUGACGAGAGGAGUUUACGCCAGGCAACGAGGCUAUUGACGUAUCCAGCAACAAUUGGCAGCGUUCUGCAUGAACUGAGCCCCUACUCGCUAAAGAGGGAUGGCCGCCUUACCAAUGAGGGUAUGAAGAGCUUGAGUGCGCUUCGAUAUACCUUACAUCCUGCUCGUACCGGAGGCGGUGGCGAUAUUAAGGGGUUGCGUCCAGCUCCUCCUCCAGUCAGAAUCUUCAUUCUGGGUGCCCGUGCCGAGUCGUCCCUUCCAAGAGAGGUCUGGGUGCAGCUGACUCACUUGUUCCCAAGAGUCUCCUUUCAUCUUGUCUUCAUCGGCCCUGAAAGUAUGGCCAACAGAGACAAUGAAUUUCCUCUGCCUCCCCGAACUCCCACCAAUCCGUUUGGGGCUGUUGUUGAAGACCGCAUUACCAACUCUUUGAAGAUCAGCACAUUUGUUGAGUACUACCACACGCUACACGAGGCUGGUCAAUUCUAUCCAUACGAUCCAUACUUUGAUUGCUUCAUGCUAUUCCAUCCAGGAUUGGGACAUCCGGCAAGCACCCACGAAUGGGAACAGACCAUCCCUCUGUUGUUGGAGACAAAGGUCCCCAUCUUUGUCACUGGAUAUACUCAAUUUGAUAUGGAUCGUGAUAUCGAAUGGGUCAAUAAGACUGUGGGAGGCGAAGUCGAUUUAUUGAUGACGCCAGGAGAGAAUCGCUUCAGAAGUUUGAGAUGGGACAUCAAUGACCUUGAUCCACAAGACAUAAGCUGUGGAAACUGGGGUGUCUGGGGCUUCAGAGGCAAGAGGUACGAGACGACACAGAAGGACGUCGCGGCGGCAUGAUAUUAAGGGGAUAUGUCCGUAUGGAUAGUGUAAAGUAGGUGUAUUUAUAUCACGGCUAUUUGUAGACCAAUACCUACCUGUAUAUUCAAUAAAAUCAAUCUUCACCACCC